AUGUCCUCACGCAAUCCCCCAUGGCGUCGCGACGACGGCCCUCCCCAGCGUCCUGCGCCUGCCUCGACAAUUCCCGCAAAGCGCUCUGCACAUCAGCGAUCGCAAGAGCAUCCAUCCAAGCGGUCUACAAAUGCGCAAGAAGAGGCAUGGGUUGCCGACGAGGACCGCUUCGUCCUGCAGCAGGCGAAGAAGAGGGCAGCCUUGCGCGUCAAGGGUGGCCGGGCCAAGCCCAUCGACUGGCUCGCCGUUACACUGCGCUUUGUUGAUAAUACCAAAUCGCUGCUGGAUGAGGAAGUCCAGGACCACGAACUGGAGGUGGUAGAUCCAGAGGGUGUCUUGGAGGGCCUCAAAGAAGAAGACCUGACGGAGCUGGAGAAAGAGAUCGAAACCUAUCUCACGCUGGAGACGAGCCGCAGCAACCGAGAUUACUGGACUGACCGCCGACGCAAGUCCCGCGCCGAAGCUCGAGGAACCAGCUCUGUCUCCGCAGACAUCGACCGCUUGCUGGCACCGAAGACAUACGAGCAACUGGAGACGCUGGAGGUGCAAGUGAAGACAAAGCUGGACUCGGACGAGCCAAUCGACUACGACUACUGGGAACAACUUCUACGCAACCUGCGGGUAUGGAAAGCCAAGGCCAAACUACGUCGCGUGUCGCAGGAAAUACUGAAGGAGCGCCUGGAGAUUUUACGCAAACAGCAACAGGAGACGGCACUCUCUGUGCAGAGCAGAGUACAGACUAUGCUCGAAGCAGCUCGCCAGUCGGAUACGGGCGUGUCCACUUCCGUUGCUUACGAUCCUGCGCUGGACCCGGAGCCGUUGCUCAAAUUACACGCCGAGGAGAAGUCGUUGGAACAGGUUGAGGAGCGAAAGUUUCUAGACAGCAUACUCAGGGAGCGACAAAAGGUCAUCAAGAUGGGCUAUGUUCCCAUGCAAAACCAGAUUCAAGAUGUCUCCAUCAGCGUGCCAACGUCGAAAACCGGCCAGGCAAACCAUUCUGCGGUAUCUCGGUUUGCACCUGUAGAGAAGGAGGACUACUCCAAGGCCACGAUGGCGCUCUAUGAAAGAGAGGUCGCCCGAGGGGUCGAGGAAGGCGAAGAAAUCUUCGCAGGAGAGGAAGAGAUCACAGUGACCCAGCCACAGUGGGCAAGCCAGUACAAGCCUCGCAAGCCGCGAUACUUCAACCGUGUGCAAAUGGGCUAUGAGUGGAAUAAGUACAACCAAACGCAUUAUGACCACGACAAUCCGCCUCCCAAAGUUGUUCAAGGCUACAAGUUCAAUAUCUUCUACCCAGAUCUGAUCGACAAAACCCGCGCGCCUACUUACAAGAUUGAGCGAGAGAACGGUCGCAAACGUGGACAGUCUUUCGCCCCGGCUGGCGAAGACGAUACUUGCUUGAUCCGAUUCAUUGCAGGACCGCCAUACGAGGACAUCGCCUUUCGCAUCGUUGACAAGGAGUGGGACUAUAGCGCCAAGCGAGAAAGGGGGUUCAAGAGCAGCUUUGACAAGGGAAUCUUGCAACUUCACUUUCAGUUCAAAAAGAUAUACUAUCGAAAAUAA